AUGUAUUGUUUACAAUGGCUUUUACCUUUAUUUUUAAUACCAAAAGUUGGUUUUCAUCCUGAUCAAAUAAUAGAAAGAGCAAUUUUAUCAUGGAUAUAUUUGAUAGGAUUUUUUAUUGAAAGAAGACCUUGUCAUGUAUGUACAGCGGCUUUUAUAAUAUUUCUACUGGCUUAUUGUUACAGUGACCCUGACAAUUGUGUUUUUUAUCCUUUUUGCAAAACAACAAAAAAUGGAGAAGCUUGCGAAGUUUCUACUUAUUAA